UUUGAGCCUCGCAAGUUUUACUCUUAGAAACGCGCGCUGAAAUACUGAUAUACAGUUGCUUACUUCAGAGAAAGAUUCAUUAAAAAUGUGGCUAUAAUAGCUUUACAAUCACAGUGAUGAACUCUUAUUAAAAGCAAUGGUGACCUAGUACUUGUACAAARUGAACGUACAGAAGAAGCAUCUUAAGAUAGCUGUUAUUGGCAGUGGAAUAGCUGGACUUAGCAGCUCAUGGCUUCUUAGUCUUCAUGGGCAUGAUGUUCAUAUUUACGAGAAAGAAAGAAGCCUUGGUCUUGGUUCGCAUUCAAUCGACAUCGGAUCUAAUGGUGAUGUGGUUGAUGUGCCUAUUCGUUGCUUCAGUGAAGGCUUUUACUCUGAGCUAUUAAAUCUUUUUCAAUACGUUGGUAUUGAGACGUCUAUUCUGAGUCUUUCGCCGUCGAUCCAGAUUUAUGGGCAAAGUUGCCAUUACAAGCUGUACAAUUAUCUAUUUGGUGGACUAGCAAUACCAUACAUACAUCCUUUGGAAUUCCUUAAGAACCUGUCAUCUUAUUGGACGAUUUUCAUAGAUAUGUAUUGGUUUAAGAAGGCAACUUUUUCCAUGCAAGAGAACAAGGACAUUCGCUCCUCUCUGUCAAAAGUAACGUUAGCAAAAUACAUGCUAGAUAAUAAUUACUCCAAGGAAUUCACAGACAGGUUUCUUAUACCAAUUUUUGCAGUCAUAGCUAGCAGCUCAGCGCAAGAUGCACGUAACUACCCAGUUACUGUUGUCAUGGAUUUUCUAAGCACGAUGUUGCUGACGGGUAAAACUACUCGUCGUAUGAAAGAAGGAACUCGGGAAGCGAGUAAAACGUUGGCAAAGGGUAUCAAAGUAAAACAUACCAGCGUCAAAGUUGAAAGAAUCGUACCCUUGCGUGACAUGAUGGGCAAGGUACAGGGACUAAAAGUAUAUGCUGAUGGGCUUCCUGUGGAAACAUUCGAUCACGUGAUUGUUGCUACACAAGCCAAUCAGGCUUUGGKUCUGUUCCAGGAUGACCAAGAUAAGAGAAGAGAGGAGGCUCUUAAGGGAUUUACUUAUGUGUGGAGUGAAGUUGCGAUACAUUCUGAUGAGCGUCUGAUGCCUGUUCACCAAUCGCAAUGGUCAGCAUCCAAUGUCUUUGUUCAGCCAAAUUGCCCAGAAACGGCAGUCAAUCGGCUGACAACAAGCGGCUUUUCUACUGAUAAAGACUGCAGCUUCAAAAUAAACCCAUGUAUUAACAUUGAUACGAAGGGACUGGGUGACUGUUCACCCGGAGGAGCYAUUAUGUGCACAAUGUGGCAAAACAAGAUACAGCCCUUGAAGAYGAAUAGUGCGACUAGAAAAGGUGCUAUGAAUGUCUUUCAGACUUGGAAUCCUUGGAUCAAACCACGCCCAGAAAAAGUUUACCCAAAUGGAUACCACUACUUUGAGCGACCUGUUGUUACUAUUGAAACUGAAGAAGCUUUGCGGAAGCUACAAGACAUCCAAGGACACGACAACAUAUGGUUUAUUGGCGCAUAUAGUCAGAGUGGAGUGCCUUUGCUUGAAAACGGUGCCGACAGUGGUCUGACAAUUGCUGAGAAGAUAACCAAGCAACAAAGACCAUGGAAAAGGAAUACACGCAAAGAAAUACACUAUGGUCUGACAGGAAAAAAAAUAAUUAUGAUUAUUUUUGUAGUUGGAUUUGUUGUUUUUAGUUUCACGUCUUUUCUUUUCCUUAUUGUGUAAAAUAUUCAGCUAAAUCAUUACAUAAUGUCAUAAAUAAAAAUUAUAAAAUAA